AUGACCGACGGGAAGACUCUUGUGCAUUCGCACAUCCACUGGCGCAAUGAGAAAAGAAAAAUGUGGCAGCGGGAGCUGGUCUCCAAAGUAGUCACACUGCUUCAAGCUGAGGAUCAUGAUUCGCUCGCCUUGGUGGCUAGAACCACAGGCAUACCACCACAACUGCGCAAAAAUGUAUGGCCUGUACUACUCAAGUAUCAUCCAAUGGUCAUUUCGCCCAAUAUCAUGUCGAACACACUGGUUUGGGACUCUCAAAACCAAAACUGGCGCUAUCAUCCGGAAACCAGAAAAUCUGAAGAGAUAGAGCAUCUCAUUUUACAUGACCUGGGCAAGUACUUCCAUAGAAGAGGACCGGCAGCAAGUAAGAGUCAGAGCACAAAUGUUGGUAGUUCCGGUCAAUUUAUCAACGAGCCUCUCAACUUGUCUUGUGAAGAGCAGCAAAGCAUCGAAUAUCUCAAAUCCUGUAUCUGCCAAUUUCUAAAAAAAUGGUCGCAGUUCUUCAAAUAUGAAAGUGGUCUUGCAUGGAUUGCACUAGCUUUGGCAGAAUGGUACCCGUUCGACGCUUGCGACAGCGUACUUCCGGGGAAAAGACAUGGUCCACCAGUGAACUUAUAUGAUGAGUACUACCUGCCGGAACACAUACGAAACCAGAUUCCGGCCAAAGCCGAGUUCACAUUCAAUGACCUUUACGAAAGAUUACUUCUGGUCAUUUUGCAUUCUCCUGAUGUGCCGAAAGCCGAGAGGCUCGCGGAAAGCGAAUCUGACGUUACAUCACAGUAUUAUCCAGUAAUAUCUGGUGGCGAUCUAGCAUUUCAGUGUCAACUUUUCUUCAAAGUCUUUUCAAUAGUCCUUCCGGAACUGUAUCAGCCGGUAAGUGACGAGGAAAGUUUGAGGCCUUCAAAGAAAACAAAUUGGAUGUAUUGGUGGUUCAAGUGUUCCGGUGCUCGUGUGCUGCAUAAACAAGACCGAGGCAGAGUAUGGGACACCUUUUUGGGUUGGCGACCACACCCGCGAUCCUUGAAUUUUUAUCUCAACUACAACAACAAGAUCUUCGAGCAUUUGUACUCCGAAACCACUUCGCUUCACUUGGAUACCGAGUUCUUGAACAAAAUCUGUAAAUAUGGACAUGAUGCAUUUUGGUUUCCGGACUUGGAGGUAUUACGCUUGGGCUCAUCAGAACUAAAAUGCGACUUUCAAGUUUUGUCCGAACUGGUCCGGCGGAACAAAUAUGGGUCGUCUGAUGACGAGUUAGAAUUUUCCACCAAAACAGAUUCUGAGGACCCUCUUUGGAAACCCAAGACGGGAACUGGGAUACCGUUUUCAUUGCUGGAUCCGCACAUACAGCUUAUCUUCGUGUACAUGGCAAUUCUCCAGCAGCAUGAAUUUAAACUUUUGGAAUUCGAAGAAACUGAGAUUUCCGAGUUUUUCAACAACGUGCCGUCUUUGUCGCGUGCCGAUGACCAUAACUAUCGAAAUCUUUAUGGCAAUGAUAUAGAAUCUCGUUCGGUGAGUUCUAGUGAGGCAGAAUCUGACGAUUUGUCAAAAAGACCCCAAUCAAGCUCGUCUGCGCCACACAUGCUUAUUGAAGUGGGUGACGACGACAAAACGUCUAACACGUUUGAUGAGCUAUACAAUCUCGCCGGUGAUAUAUGGAGGAAGUGGGUUUGGAGAGAAUUAGAAGACAAUGCUGGCGGAUAA